GGAACAUGACUGAUGAACGCUGUGAAACGGGAAAACAGCGUGGAAAUAAGCAAAUACGUUCUUUGGACAAAUUUCAAAACAGUGCUGCACUGGAUAAGCAGCACUCACCGACGGUAUAAGCAUUUUGUUGGAAACCGUGUAGCAGAAAUCCUGGAGUCGACGGAAGUAUCCCAAUGGAGAUGGGUACCAACUGCCGAAAACGUGGCCGACGUCGCAACCAGGCCGCAACGCCAUGUGGACCUCAGUCAAGGGUCACGAUGGCUACGCGGGCCGACGUUCCUACGGGAACCGGAAGAGAAUUGGCCGAAGAGUUCCCCGAGCAGUAGUGGCUGCACCAGAGCCACCCACGAGGAAGAGAUGCCAUGCGUGUUUGCGUUAAUGACAGCAAACGGAUCUAAUAUAUCUUUCCAGAGAUUCUCGAACUACAACCGGCUGGUAAGGACCACGGCUUGGGUCCUUAGAUUCGUCCGACGAUGUAGCGACAGCGAGAAGUAUGGACUCACGGAUAACGAAUGCGCCAACGCGGAGCGCAUAUUGAUCCGGCAAGCGCAAAGUGAAGCGUUCUCUGGAGAGGAGAGGGACAGGACAGGAAAGAUUCCGAAAGAAGGCAGCAAACUGCGAGGGCUCUCCCCGUAUUUCGACGACUACGGAGUAAUGCGUGUAAGCGGAAGGAUUGACGCCGCUGCAUGUGAGCCAUAUAGCGCCCGGCGCCCUAUCAUACUAUCCCAUCGACACACGCUGGCGGUGAUGUUAGUACACCACUACCAUGAGAAGAUGGUAGAUCAGAACCAGGAUGCGACCAUAGGCGAGAUACGGAAGAAGUUCUGGAUAACGAGCUUACGAAGGCUGCUACGAAAGGUGGUGACCGACUGCCGCAUUUGCAAGUUGCGGAGGGUCCAACCGAUGCAGCCAAUAAUGGGUCCCUCGCCAGAGGACCGACUGGAAACCAACGGAUGGCCAUUCAAGUACACGGGUCUGGAUUAUUUUGAACCGUUGCACGAAACAGUUAGACGUCGCGUCGAGAAAAGGUGGGUCGCACAGCUCACAUGUUUAACCACGAGAGCCAUCCACUUGGAGAUGGCCCAUGAUUUAUCUAUAGAUUCCUGCAUCAUCGCCAUGAGGAACUUCAUGAGCCGGCGAGGACCGGUGGUGAAGAUGAGAAGCGACAAUGGGAAAAACUUCGUUGGAGCCCAUCGAGAAGCCAGAAGAUUCAACGAGGCUUUCGAGCCACAAAGGAUCCAGGGCGAGCUGUCGUCCAAAGGAAUCGAAUGGAUCUUCAACUGUCCGGCUAACCCAGCUGAGAGCGGCGCCUAUGAAAGGAUGGUCCAAUGCGUCAAGAAGGUGCUGGCCCAUCCGAUGAGGGAGCUGGCUCCCAUGGAACCCGUUCUGGAGAACCUGUUGAUCGAGGCGGAGAACAUAGUUAAUUCCCGCCCACUAACGCAUCUUCCAGUCACAGUGGACCAGGAGGCUCCACUGACUCCCAACGACUUGCUAAAGGGAGUACCCAAUCUGCCGGACCUACCCUUCCCACGAAAAAGUAGUGGCGUCUGGCCAGGAUGAUGAGAGACCGCUUCUGGAAGCGAUGGGUGCAUGAGUAUCUGCCUACCCUUGUGCGCAGGGAGAAAUGGUGCGAGCAUGUCGAGCCCCUGUGCCAAGGAGACCUAGUGUUUAUCUGCGAUCCGGCCAUAUCCAUCUGCGAUCCGUCGGGAAUGGAAACGAGGCAUCGUGGAGGAGGUGUCAACUGGCGUAGAUGGAGUGCCCAGACGAGCGGCGGUACGGACUGACGAUCGAGCCAAGACGAUUCGUCCCGCUUCGAAGUUAGCUGUCCUGGAUGCGGCUGCUUCACGAAGGCGGGGAUGUCCCGGAACGGAUAAGCUAAUCGGAUAGAGUAUCGAUUGCCAGAUAGUUUGAAUUACGCGCCACUAGGAUGCACUUUCGUUAAGUGUGAUUCGUACUAUGUUUGUAACUGGCCACACUGUUUACGGUCAGAAGUUAAGUUAAGUUUGGCGCCACGAUUACUCCGAUCGGCGAUCCCAUAAGAGAAGGGAGAAGAUACUGCGAAUAAAACGCUCAUAUAGUUGCUCAGUACGAGUCCAGAGUGUUAGAGGCAAUCCCUGGGAUCUAGAUCGGCGUCAAUAUAUGUAAAGCAUUUUACUGCUGCCACCUAAUCGUAUUCCUAAAUGUGUAUAAAAAG